GUGCGAGCGGGUUGCCAUGGUUCCGAGCGGCCCCGCCCCUCCACUUGAAGGACACGCCCCCCGCUCCUCCCCGCCUUGUUCCUUAUUCCCGGUCCCUUCCUCACCACUAACCUUUGCGCGGUGGCGGCUGUUCCCAGUGGCCGAGACGCGCCGGAGAGUUGUUGGGCUCUCACCAGAACCGCGCGUGCACUGAUACACGUGUAAAUAACGUCGCGCUCGGCCCCGAGUAACGAGCUGAGGUUAGGCUGGGAUUGUGGGGACACAAUCCUUUCUGGGUCACCCCAAGCCACCGCUCUCGGGACGGCCCUUCUGGAGAAGGCGGCCAGGGCGGGGCCGGGCCCAAGCUGGGUUUUCACACGCCGGCCUGCCAGCCCACACCUGGGUGCAAUGGGGGGCCUCAAGGAGCUGAGUUUGGGCCGGGCUUGUGGGUAAAACCCACUUCUGCUCACCACAAACCAUAUGUCUCUGUGCCCCCAGGACUCCCAAAGAAGUCAGGGCAGGUGCCAGCCUGACCCUAAGCUUGGUUUUCACAUGCCAGCCUGCAAUGUACAGUUCCCCAAAUAAGGAUCUGCUUUUGGGCUGAGAUUAUGGAUGAAAACCCAUUCCAUGUCACCACCAACCACACAUUUCUGCUACUUGGAGACUCCUGAAGACGCCUGGCCAGGACGCUGCCUGAUGCAAAGCUCCAUUUUCACACGCCUGACUGCCAGCCCUCCACCCAGGCCUGGGCUAGGUUCUGAUUUUACAUGGCUGCCUACAGGAGCAGUUCUUCAACACUAUAAGGACAAAUCAUUAUUUGUUCAGACUUUCCCUAAGUUUCAGAACAUGACCUAGAAAAAAAUGGCAGAUAACAUUGACUGGAUACAAAGCCAAAGGGGACUCUGUAAAGUGAAACAUUAUUUACCCGGACAUGAAAAUGAACAAAACUGGACAACUGAUUCAGCAAAACUUUUCAAACAAGCUGCAGCUGAUCCACUUAAAAUCUUGAUUUGGCUCCGAAAAGACCUUGAAAGAUGUGCACUUGGAAUCCAGGAUGUGCUGAAUUCUACUGGCAAACAGAAUGCUGAGGAAACUGCAAGGGAACCUUCCCUGGGUGGACACAGCCUCCAACCAGGCAAUGCACCCUCACCAGAUGGUUUUAGUGUCUAUGACAAGCAAUUAUGCAUGGACAUCAGAUCCAACAGUGGAUCACCAGAGUUUCAUUUGGAAAUGAAAAAUACCUUGAAUAAAAAGGAGCCAAAAGACACCAAAGGUGAACUUGCUUCUGCAGAGGCCCAGCAAGAUGGCGACAAGCUUUCUCUUUGUGUCAGUAGACUGUCUAACCUUGUCAUUUCAAUGGCACAUAAAGAGAUUAACGAGAAGUCAGAUGGUGCCGAUCAGUGCAUAAACAAGUCACUUUUUGCCACUUUUGGGGAACCAGGCCACAAGUCUAUUGGAGUAGGCACUGAGAAAGGCAAAAACAACCCAUCAGAGAAUUCAGAUCAAAUGAAUGUUAAUUUGAAGGAAACCAAGUAUGAAGACAAUUCAUCUUCCAAGAAGAAAACAUUAUUUUAUAAAGAAGUAAACCAACAAUCUUCCAAUAGAAAUGAGUUUUGUCAUGAAAGGGGGUCAUUGUUCAAUGACCAGAAACAAUGCCAUCAUAAAAAGCGCUUUGGCCAAGAUGAAUUUACGAAUACUCUAAGCAAAGGGAUACUGGUAUAUGCAAAUAAUGUGGUUUCAGACAUGAUGGUCACAGUUAUGAAGACCAUGAAAAUUCAAGCAAGUGACUCAAGCAUAGCUUGUAUGGUGCUGAAGAAGGUGUUACUGAAGCAUUCUAAAGAGGUUGUUUCAGACUUAAUAGACUCCUGCAUGAAAAAUUUACAUAAUAUCACAGGGACACUUAUGACCGACUCAGAUUUUGUUUCAGCAGUGAAGCGUACUCUGUUCAACCAAGGAAGUCACAAGGCUGCAGAAAUUGUACAAGCAAUGCUGAAUCAUUUGCAUAACACUUUAAUUGUGCAAAAACCAGCAGGUGAUAAGGCCCAGUCUCAAAGCCUUACAUACGCAUCUGUGAAGUCAGGCUCAGAAACAGCAGAUUCAAAGUUUCAGAACUUGAGGUUUGCAGCAACAAAAACUGAAACAGUGACCAAAGAAAAGGAAAAGACCUGUGCAGAAACAAUAGGUAACCACAUCAUUAAGCAGGGGCUUACUCUGUGGCAUGAAAAUAAAAACAAAUGCAACCUAUGUUCAAAAUUCCAACCUCCAACAAGCCAGGCCAGAAAUAAACCACAUGAAAACAUACCCUUUAGUUCAGAAAUUCAAGAUAUGCCUAAAAUCUCAGCAGACUCAUGGGCAAAAGACUUGAUUGUGACUGCCCUGUUGUUAAUACAAUAUCACUUAAUCCAACAGGAGAACGCAGGCAAGGCUUUGGCUGAAGGCAGCAGUCCUAACAAAGCAGGUACCACUGCAUUUGGAUUCUUCUCUCAGCAGUCCCAGGACAAAGGUGGUGACAUGAAGUUCAGGCUAUCUUCAGCAAAUGAUCAAGAUCCAUCAGCCCAAGCUGAUGAAUCAGAUUCUGAGAAGUCAGAUCUUCAAAAGCAGAACCCUGAAAAUGGCAUGUCUAGUGCCAUCUUAAUGCUAAUCCAGAAGUUAAUCAAUGAGUCUGGCUGCAAAUCAGAAGGGCAGCCAGGAAAUUCAGCGAUGGAUGAACCGAACAGGGAUCCUGGCAAAAAUUCUGAGGGACAUGCCUCUUCUGUCCAUUCAGAAACUGAACAGUCCUGUGAGGAUGCUAUUUCUGGACUGACAAAAAUGAUUACCAAUCAGUUUGACCUAGGUGGAAAAGAGGGGAGCAGUGGACAAUUUAUUGAUAGCUUGGUUGAUACCGUCACAAAGUUGUGUCUUAUGAUAGCCAAAUAUAGCAACCCUGAGUCUGCUCUAGCAGAGAUAGGGAAUGGGGAAGAUGGCAUGGGAGGUAUGGAUUCUAGGAGUCCAGGGGCAGCUGAUGCUGCUUUGGGGUCAGGAGAAGACAGUGCUUCUGGUCACAAAGUGAUAGUAAUGAAUCAGAAUCCCCCUGACAACAUACAUAAGAAACAGCUCUAUUCCAUCCUCCAGUGGGUGGCUGCCUCUCAGACAAAUGUGCCGGUAUUAUACUUCUUGGAUGAGGAUGAUGAGUUUCUGAAUAAGAUUCAGCAAUUGUCCUCAAUAGCCAUGGAGAAGGGAUAUAGUGUGGGGGAGAUUAUUCAGGCUGUGCUGAAGUAUGAGAAGGAGAAGCAACUAGAAGAAGCCCUGGGAAACAUUACUCGAAUGCCAGUGCUGGACUGGCUGCUUAGUAACCUGUGAGCAGGGCCAUCUCUUCUCUCAACCACACCAGCAGCAACCAUCCCAGCUCCACUAGAUCAGGCUCACCUACCUAUCACUGAUUUGUAGGAGAUGCUAUUAUGAGUUAUAUUGACUCCUGCUGGGCAAGCAUAUGAAUAAAAAUAAUAAAAUACCUACAGAAGUCUGUUGGGAAAAAUCAAUUGCAAAAUUCCCUUUUGAUGGUCUCCAUAAGUAGAAUGUUAAACCUCACAGGUUGCUCCAACUGUAAAAAUUCCUGUUCUGCCCACACAUCCUUUUAAAGCAGACUCUGAUCUAAAGGAGGGAGAUUAAAUAAGAGUUUUCAAUGUAUUUUUGGGAUAAUUUUUGUCAGAGCUGAGUAGUUACUAUGC